AGAUCAUAUCCUCUAGGAUUUUGAAUAAUUGACUUUCAGUUUCUAUUCUGCUGGGUUACGGCAUAACUUUUUUAAAUUGUUCGCUAUAAACAUGUAAGAAAACAAAGUAAAUUCUAAGCAAGAAUAAGAUUUUAACAGCAUCUAUAUAUAAAGUCAUUUCAACUUAUAUUUAUUACUAGAUAUCGGUUAUGUCUUUCGAAUUGCAUUAUUAUUACAAGAAUAUAAUAUCGAACAAGUCAUUCAUAUUAAAGGAAGACAUAACUGUUUACCAGAUUAUAUGUCAAGAAAUCCAGUAGUGGAUUUUGACGAUUUAAUGGAUACGGACUACGGCCUCGAGGUAAAACAUCCAGUCAGUGGACUGAUAAGUGUCACAACAAGAGCUAGGGCAAAGGCACAAAAACUUGCCACAACAGAUCAGGGAGAUCAAUCACUCACAACUCCGCAUGCAACAUCACUAGAUCGAUGUUACGAAAUUGCAAGAAGAACAAGAUAA